GUACUAUCAUUUCUCCCCCCACAAAGACAUACAUUAACCACAUAGAAUUGAGGUUAGGCUGAAGCUAAACACUAGGCUCCCUGAAGGGUAUACCUAGUAAAAGGGGGUGGUGGUGGUGGUACAGAUUCAGUACAUUGACAGAAUCUAGAGGUUGGGGGGGAUGGAGAGGAAAAGGGCAACAACUCUAUCCCCCUGCAUCUCUUUUCACCACUUCCUCAUACUCCUGGGCUCACUUAGCUCUGGGCCUGCAAUUACCCUUGGAAGAAGUGUGCACAGAUACCUUGUCUGCAUUUGUACAGCAAAAAGAAUCCACCUGGCCUUGCAGAAGUCAUAUCGGCUACAAUCUUGCCUUCAGGCUAUGAGAGCUGGAGCUUUUGCAAUAUCCCUAGGGCUCCUGCUGGCUUUGGGCAGAGGCCAGAGGGAGCCAGAUGCCAGGAUCCUAUCUGCAGAUGAGACCCUAGAAGAAGAAGAUACUGAUCUGUCACCUUCUGGGUCCUGUCAAUCAGUCUCCUCCUGUAGGGAAUGCAUCCGUUCCCACUACAGCUGUGCAUGGUGCAAGCAACUGAACUUCACCGCCGUGGGAGAGGCGGAGGGGAGGCGGUGCGCCCGACGAGAGGAGCUGCUGGCCCGGGGCUGCCCGUUGGAGGAGCUGGAGGAGCCCCGAGGACGGCAGGAGGUGCUACAAGAUGAGCCCCUCAGCCAGGGCGCACAGGGCGAAGGCGUCACGCAGCUGGCUCCGCAAAGGGUUCUCGUUAAGCUGCGGCGGGGCGAGACACAACGGCUCCGCGUCCGCUUCCGUCGAGUCGAGGGCUACCCGGUGGACCUGUACUACCUCAUGGACCUGAGCUACUCAAUGAAAGACGACCUGGAGCGAGUGCGCCAGCUGGGGCACGCGCUCCUGGUCCAGCUGCGGGGGGUCACCCGCUCGGUUCGUAUUGGCUUUGGUUCCUUUGUGGACAAGACGGUGUUGCCCUUUGUGAGCACGGUGCCCUCCAAGCUUCAACAUCCAUGCCCCACACGACUAGAAAAAUGCCAGCCACCCUUCAGUUUCAGACAUGUGCUGCCCCUCACUGAUAAUGCCUCUGCCUUUGAGCAUAUGGUUGAGCAACAGAAUGUGUCAGGCAACCUAGACUCACCUGAAGGGGGUUUUGAUGCCAUCUUGCAGAUAGCCCUCUGCCAGGAGCAGAUUGGCUGGAGAAAUGUAUCCCGGCUGCUGGUGUUUACGUCAGAUGACACAUUUCACACCGCAGGGGAUGGGAAAUUGGGUGGCAUCUUCAUGCCCAGUGAUGGACACUGUCACCUGGAUGCUAAGGGUUUCUACAGCCGAAGUCAAGAUUUUGACUACCCUUCUGUGGGUCAAGUAGCCCAUGUUUUAUCUGCUGCCAAUAUCCAGCCCAUCUUUGCUGUUACUAGUCCUGCAUUGCCAAUCUACCAGGAGCUGAGUAAGCUGAUCCCCAAGUCAGCUGUGGGGGAGCUGAGUGAGGACUCCAGUAAUGUAGUGCAGCUCAUCAUGGAUGCAUAUAAUAAUCUGUCUUCCACCGUGACUCUGGAGCACUCACAACCUCCUGCUGGGAUCCACAUUUCCUAUGAGUCUCAGUGUGAUGAUUCUGAGAUCAAAGACACAGGAGAUAAAGGCCAGUGUAGCCACGUCCGAAUUAACCAAACGGUGAAUUUCUGGGUUAAGAUCCGUGCUACCAGCUGCCUCCCUGGGCCCCAUCUCCUGAAACUUCGGGCUCUUGGGUUUUCUGAGGAGCUGAGCUUGGAGCUGCAUACCUUGUGUGACUGUAACUGCAGUGAUGUGCAGUUACAAGCCUUCCACUGCAGCCAUGGCCAAGGUGACCUCCAGUGUGGAGUCUGCAGUUGUGCUCCUGGUCGUGUUGGUCGACUUUGUGAAUGUUCAGAGGCAGAGUUGUCAUCACCAGAUUUGGAGUCUGGAUGCCGGGUGCCCAAUGGGACGGGGCCCCUUUGCAGUGGGAGGGGUCAGUGCCAAUGUGGACGGUGCAGCUGCAGCGGGCAGAGCUCUGGGGAUCUUUGCGAGUGUGAUAAUGCCAGCUGUGAGCGGCAUGAAGGCAUCCUCUGUGCAGGCUUUGGCCAGUGCCGCUGUGGAGUCUGUCACUGUGAUGCCAACCACACAGGCCAAGCCUGUGAAUGUAGCAAGGACACAAGCAAGUGUGCCACCCCAGGGGGGGUCUGUCAUGGACAUGGCUCUUGUCGCUGUAACCAAUGCCAGUGUCUGGAGGGUUACUAUGGUGCCCUGUGUGAUCAGUGCCCAGGCUGCAAGACACCGUGUGAGAAGCACAGGGACUGUGCUGAAUGUGGGGCUUUCAAGACAGGGCCGCUGGCCAGCAACUGUAGUCUGGCCUGUGCCCAUGCCAACAUAACAGUGAGCCUGAUGCCUCAGCUGGAUGAUCGUUGGUGCAAGGAGAGAACUGUGGACAACCAGCUGCUCCUCUUUCUGGUGGAGAAUGAGGCUGAAGGCAGAGUUAUACUGAGAGUGAGACCUCAAGAGAGAGGAUCAGAUCACACCCAGGCCAUUGUGCUGGGCUGUACCGGGGGCAUUGUGGCAGUGGGGUUGGUGCUUGUCCUGGUCUAUCGGCUCACCGUGGAAAUCUAUGACCGGAGAGAGUACAGUCGCUUUGAAAAGGAAAGGAAGCUGCUCAAUUGGAACCAGGAUGACAACCCCCUCUAUAGGAGUGCCAUCACCACCACCAUCAAUCCUCGAUUCCAGGAGAAUGACGAGAGCCCACAAUAAGCAACUGCUCUCAGGCUGGAUUUGGCCCUUCUCCUUAAACCUGACUCGGCAGUCUUCAGGGCUUGCUUCUCACUCUUGUCCCCGACAGUGGCAAAGCUGAGAGGGGCACCCUUGUUAAAGUGCUCCCUACCCAACAAAUUUUUGCUUAAAUGUGCAGGAUAGAAACCCUCCCUCACCUCACAUGGCCCAGAGUUCUUCCUAACCCCUAAGGGAGCUGUACCCAAGGCUAAAGCUAUUGUGUUGUGCCCCCAGACGGUCAAUAGCCCAACUGGACAGCAGGCAUUUUCUUUUUGCCUGGUUUGGUAGAGUUCGCCUAGUUGUUUAUAUUGAGAGCCUUUGGAAAGAACUUCCUUAGCAAUUUUCUACCCCUACUCAGGUCCAUCUGCACCCUAUUGUUAUCCCCUGCUUUUCCCCCUUGUUCCUCUAUCACAUGACCCACUGAUAUUGCCUUUAAAUCCAUAGGUGGAGGAGGUAUGAUGUGGGAUAAAAGAAGGGAGGGGGCACAAGUGGGGAUGCCAAAUUUUCCUUCUCCAACUUGUGAUAAAGGCAACCUGAAAUGGACCCCUCCCCAGGAAAGGCAGACACUGUAGAAAACCCCCAUUUUAUU